AUGCCAGUUGCUCCAACAUCACUAGUAACACUUUCAAAACUAUGUGCUCAUUUAAAAAAUUGUAUGAAUGUUUCAUUAUCAAAAACAGCAGUACCCUACAAUAGAACAAAUUUACAAGUUGCAAUACAAUUAUAUAAUCAAGGUUUUAUAUCAGGUAUACAAAAGGGAUCAAAUACAGGACCAGAUUUAAUACCGACAGAUGCAACACCAAAUAAUAUAAAUACAAGAAGAAUAUGGUUAGAUUUAAAAUAUAGAAAUAAUUUACCAGUUAUAACAAAUUUAGAAAUGAUUUCAAAACCAAGUAAAAAAAUUGAAUUAAGCACGGAGGAUGUUAGAAAUUUAGCAUCGGGAUUAAAAGUUAGAAGAAUUGAUCAAUUACAACCUGCUGAAUGUAUUUUUAUUGAACAUGAAAAUGAAUUAUAUGAAAUUAAUGAAGCUGCUAAAAAGGGAUUAUCUGGUAAAGCUUUAUUUAGAGUAAGGUAG